GAAAUUAGUCAAUAAAGGAAAAUAUUUUGGAGAUCCAACAAACGAUAAACGUACUGGUAGUUUAAGGUAGAUAUGCUGAUGAGAAAUAGAUAUCAUAUAUUGACAAAGAAGACAUGUCAGAAGAGAGGGCAAAAUCUCCAGAGGAGCCAAAAGUAGCAAAGAUGGAUGAGGGAGCAGAUGAGACCCCUCCUCACUUCAUGUCCAGUGGGGAGGAGGAGGAACCCGAGCCUGAUAAAGGGGAGACUAGGGAACUCAUGAUUGGAGACCGUGCAGCUGUGGAGAUUGAUUUAAACCAAAGCAGAAUUGCUAAAAUAAGUAAUUUGGAAGGACUUUCACAAUGUGAGAGUCUAUGUUUACGUCAAAAUCUGAUCAAACGAAUUGAAGGGUUAAGUGGAAUUCCAACCAUGACUGAUCUAGACCUCUACGACAACCAGCUCACAAAGAUAGAAAAUUUGGAAGCUUUAGUCAAUCUAGAAGUGCUGGAUUUGUCCUUUAACAGAAUACCGAAAGUUGAGGGCUUACAAACGCUGACAAAACUCCGAAGACUAUUCCUCAUCCACAACAAAAUCCAGAAAAUGGAGAAUGUGGACCAUCUGGUCCAGUUAGAAAUGUUGGAGCUUGGAUCCAAUAAAAUAAGGGCAAUAGAUGGUAUCUCCACCUUGACAAAUCUCACUCAACUUUUUGUUGGAAAGAACAAAAUUACCCGCAUCCAGGGACUGGACACGUUAGUCCACCUUCGUUGUCUCAGUAUACAGAGUAACAGAAUAAGGAAAAUAGAGGGUCUAGACAAGUUGGUGAACUUAGAAGAAUUCUAUGCAAGUAACAAUGGAAUCCAAAAGGUUGAAGGAUUAGAAAACAAUGGAAAACUCACAACCCUUGAUUUAGCUUCCAAUUUCAUUCCAAAGAUCGAAAAUGUGAGCCACUUGACAGAAAUGGAAGAAUUUUGGUUCAAUGAUAAUCAAGUGUCAAAUUGGGAUGACCUCAAAGAAUUAGAAUCCAUGAAAAAACUGGCCACAGUGUACCUAGAGAGGAAUCCUAUUUACUAUGACCAAGAUAAGAAACCGGAUCCAAACUACCGACGGAAGAUCAAGCUGGCCCUGCCUCAUAUCCAACAAAUAGAUGCAACACUGUGUAAAUAGCAGACAACUCGAGCCGAGGACAGGCUUCAGAUUCCAUCCUGUGAUGUAGGGGGAGGUAUUCCUUAGUGAGGUGGACAAAUUACCAGACCAGGAGUACCGUAACAGACAGCAGUGCAUAAUUCUCAGAGAUCCUAGUGUUGUACAUAUUUAAACUCUUAUUUUCCAUUUAUGAAAUUUUUAUUGCUGAUAAAUAUGUUUAAAGAAUUU